CUGAUGCUUAUUUUGGGGUUGUCUUAUCACAGCUGUUGUAUCUGUGGUGGCUGAAUCUCUGGGCCCCUCGCUCCACUUCUUUCCCCUCCUCGUUCCUGUCCCGUCCUGUGAAAGCCCUGUCACAGUAAAAUGGAGACCGUUCAGGAGAGCAGCCCUGUGGAGGUGCCGGCACCUGGGGGCCCUUCUGAGCCCCAGUUGGACCUGACUGAGGACUUCCGCCAGCAGCUGGAGGACAUCAUCAGCACGUACCAGGCGGCUGAGGACAACGGCGAGCCAGAGGACACAGAUGAGCUCUCCUCCGGGAAAGACUCAGGCGGACCCAAAGACCAGAGAUUGGAAAAGAAGAUGCUCAAGAGCCUGGGGAAGGAGGCCAUGCUUUUAAUGCAAAGUCUGAACAAGCUUGGGACCCCGGAGGCAAAACUGGAGGCUAUCAUCAAGAAGCAUGCUGAGCUGCUGGAGGAGCACCGGAGCGACCAGAAGCAGCUGAAGAUGCUGCAGAAGAAGCUACUCCAGGUGAUGAAGGAGAAGGACCAGCUCCAGAGUGAACACAGCCGGGCGGUGCUGGCGCGCAGCAAGCUGGAGGGGCUCUGUCGAGAACUGCAGCGACACAACAAGACCCUGAAGGAGGAGACACUCCAGAGGUGCCGGGAGGAUGACCUGAAGAGGAAGGACAUCACCACUCACUUCCAGAGCACGCUCAGCGACAUCCAGGCCCAGAUCGAGGAGCACAGCAGUCGAAACACCCGGCUGUGUCAGGAGAACAGCGACCUGGCGGAGAAACUCAAAGGGCUCAUCUCGCAGUACGACCAGAGAGAGGCGAACCUUGAGAAGGUGUUCAAACACAGAGACUUGAAGCAGAAGUUGUUGGAAACCCAACUUUCACAAGCAAACCUGAUCCUGAAAGAAGCAGACGAGAAGCACAAGAUAGAGAAAGAGCUUUUACUGAAGCAGGCUGCAGAGUGGAAGCUACAAGUCAGGCAUAUGAGAGAGAAUGAAAACAGCAUGAAAGCCCAACUCGCCAUGUACUCUGAGAAGUUUGAUGAAUUCCAAGGCACCGUAUCCAAGAGCAAUGGUGUGUACGCAAGCUUCAAACAGGACAUGGACAAGAUGUCUAAGAAGAUGAAGAAGCUGGAGAAGGAGUCUCUUUCCUGGAAAUCCCGCUUUGACGGCUGCAACAAAGCUCUUGUGGAUAUGGCUACAGAUAAAGCCCUGAAGGAGAAGGAGUUUGAGCUGUUUACUGUGAAGAACCAGAAGCUGGAGAAACUGUGCAGGGCCUUGCAGGAGGAGAGGAAGAGCCUGCAUCAGAAGCUACAGGAAGCGCAACAAGGGGCCACCAAUGGCGGCGAGACGAUGACCACCGAGGUUCCGGAAGCAACCGAGGAGAAGGCUAACCAGAGCCCUUCUGUUGCCACGACAACGAACGCCUCCGAGGCUGCCUCAGAAGCUGCGUCUGAGGCGCCUGUCGUCUCCACCCCAGUUGAGACGCCGCUGACGAGGGAGCUGGCAAGCCUGAAGGCAGAGCAGAGCCACCUGCAAGAGAUCGCCUCCUCCUUCACCAUAUCCCAUGUCUUGGAGCAGCUCUCUGAAGACACUGAGUCCAGUGAGAGUGUGGAGUCACAUGGACACACUGAGGCCAGCCAGGGCCCUGAGGAAAACCACAUAGAAGAAUGUCAUGGAUGCCAUGGUGAUCACACCGAGGAGACAACCGUGUCACAUGACCUCACCAACCAGGAAGAAACGCUGGGAGGAGAAGCUCAGGAGUUGAGAGAUAUGGAAAUGGAGAAUGUUGACUAAAGCAGCAGAAAAACCUGCUGACUUAUAUUUCAAAUAAAUUCGUAUGAAUAAAGAAUAACUGUACA